AUGGCUCUGAUCGAAAAGUUGCAGAGGCGGAUCAUCGAUCUGGGAUUGCUGCCACGGAUUGUUCGAUUUCUGCCGAAAUUAUCGAUUCUUUGUGGGAUUUUGGGUAUAUGCUGGCUUACUCUACUGCUACCGCUUGAAGGGCAAUACCGCCACACGUAUAUCUCUGAAAAUGCCUUGAUGCCCUCUCAGGCGUAUAGUUACUUUCGAGAGACGGAGUGGAACAUUCUAAGAGGUUAUAGAACUCAAAUCCAAGUACUUGAGGAGAAAUCAUCUAAAGAGCGAAACGAGGUCGUUGCGUCCUGGUUUCAAGAAUUCGGGGCCAAGACCGCUUUUUAUGAAGAUGACCUGCAUGGAAACACAAUGUACGGAGUUUUACAUGCCCCCAGGGGAGAUGGUACCGAGGCAAUGGUUUUAGCGGCACCUUGGUACAACGGCGAUGGAGAAUAUAACAUUGGAGGGGCUGCGCUCGCGACUGCUCUCUCUAGAUUUUUCUCCAGGUGGCCUGUCUGGUCUAAAAACAUAAUCAUUGUAUUCAGUGAUGACCCGGAAGCGAGUCUGAGAUCUUGGGUUCACGCCUAUCAUACGUCACUAGAUUUGACAGGUGGGUCAAUCGAGUCUGCCGUAGUGCUUGAUUAUCCCGGAUCUAAUGACUUUUUUAAGUACGUGGAGAUCUACUACGCAGGUCUAAAUGGUGAGCUGCCAAACUUGGACCUCGUUAACGUUGCUGUCCACAUUACUGAGCAUGAAGGUAUGAAGGUGUCCCUCAAUGGGGUGUCGGAAGAGGAAAUGGAAAAGCGCAACUAUUUUUCUAAGAUGAAAACAAUGAUGGUAGGCGUCAAAAAAAUGGCAUUAUCAGGAGUACAGAGCUGUUACGGAAAUGAGGCGUUCAGUGGCUGGAGAAUCCAAGCCAUUGUACUGAGAGCACGUGGCACGGACGGACCUUUUGACAUAACUACAUUCGGUAGAAUUCCAGAGGCUACUUUCCGUUCAGUCAAUAACUUAUUGGAAAAGUUCCAUCAAUCUUUUUUCUUUUACUUGUUGCUCGCCCCACGGUAUUUUGUAUCUAUCGCCAGCUAUUUGCCAGCGGCAGUUGCGUUCUCUGUCUCAUUCAUUGUUGCUACACUUGACUGUGUUCUAAAGAGUGGCGCUUCAAACACACCUGCCUUUUCUGUUCAUAAUUUGUCAGCUGUGAUAGGUUUUACCGUAGCGCUCCUGCUUUCGUUUGCCUUGUCAAUAUUAUUUUCCCAUUGGCAGUACUCGUCGCUAUUGAUCUCCUGCAACGCCGUCAUCGCAGUUUUGCCAGCGAUCUUCGGUAGGCAAGGAAUAGAAGCAUCGCAUUCAUAUCAAUUCAAAUCUGUUGCUUUCUUGUAUCUCAGCGUGGUCCUCACCUCACUUUUAGUGAUAAAUUUUGCUCUGGCCUUUGGAAUCGGACUAUUAGCCUUCCCCUUGAUUUUGGUCAAAGCCCCCAUGACUUCCAGGCAACGUGUGAAAAACACCAUCCUACUGAUUUUGUCAAACCCAUUUAUCUCGACUUUGUUGUUCGUAAACACCUUCGAACCCCAACUAUCGGGACUUCAGCUCUUCCACCGGCUAGUUCAGGCUUGGCAAAAACUUGGUUGCUGGACUUGGAGCGUUGUCUGCAUUGGGUGGCUUCCUAGUUGGUUGUUGGUCGCGUGCUCCGGCAUUCCCAUGCCUUAUCAGCCUGUUGGUGGCCCUAGCCAGCGGCUAGGGUCUUCGACCAAGAAGACACAAUAG